GCGCCGGCUUCGCCCAGCGCUAUUGGCCGCGUCGUGACCCCGGUGGCGGUUGCCGGGGUGACGGCGGGAGAGCUGGCUGUCCGGAGGAGAGAGAGCGCAGCCCUGCAGCUGAGAUUUCUGCUGUGAGAAUUACCAGCAACAAUUCACUAUGGGGGAUAUUCUGGCCCAUGAAUCUGAAUUACUUGGACUGGUGAAAGAGUAUUUAGAUUUUGUGGAAUUUGAAGACACCUUGAAGACAUUUUCAAAAGAAUGCAAAGUAAAAGGAAAGCCGUUAUCUAAAGCUGUAGGUGGAUCAAUAAAGAAGGAUUGCAAGUCAUUGAUAGUCCAGAAGGAUCUGGUGGCAGCGUUUGACAGUGGAGACCAGAAGUUGUUCUUCGAUUUGUGGGAGGGCCAUGUUCCUAGCUCCAUCAGAGACACUGACUCCCUGGCCCAGAAGCUGGAGUUCUACCUUCACAUCCAUUUCGCCAUCUAUCUUCUCAAGUACUCUGUGGGCAGCCCGGACAAGCAGGAGCUCGAUGAGAGGAUUUCUUACUUCAAAACCUACCUGGAAACCAAAGGGGCCGCCUUGAGCCAGACCACGGAGUUCCUUCCCUUCUAUGCCCUCCCUUUUGUGCCCAAUCCUAUGGUCCACCCCUCAUUUAAAGAGCUCUUCCAGGAUUCUUGGACUCCGGAAUUAAAGCUGAAGCUGGAAAAGUUUUUAGCUUUAAUAUUUAAAGCCAAUAACACGCCAAAACUUUUAACCAUCUAUAAGGAGAAUGGACAGAAUAGCAAAGAAAUGCUGCAGCAGCUCCACCAGCAGCUGGUGGAGGCCGAGCGCCGAGCCAUGACCUACCUCAAGCGGUACAAUAAGAUCCAGGCCGACUACCACAACCUCAUCGGAGUCACAGCCGAGCUGGUGGAUUCUCUAGAGGCCACAGUCAGUGGCAAGAUGAUCACCCCCGAGUACUUGCAGAGCGUCUGCGUCCGCCUCUUCAGUAACCAGAUGCGACAGAGCCUGGCUCACAGCGUGGACUUCACAAGACCUGGGACGGCCUCAACCAUGUUACGAGCCUCCUUGGUACCUGAGAAGUUGAAGGAUGUCCCAUUACUGCCCUCCCUGGAUUAUGAGAAACUGAAGAAGGAUUUGAUUUGGGGCAGUGACCGCUUGAAAGCCUUCUUGUUGCAGGCUCUGCGCUGGCGCUUGACCACGUCGCAUCCGGGAGAGCAGAGGGAGACAGUCCUACAAGCCUAUAUCAGCAAUGACCUCUUGGAUUGUCACAGCCACAACCAGAGGAGCGUGCUGCAGCUGUUGCACUCCAAGAGCGAGGCUGUGCGGCAGUACAUGGCCAGACUCAUCAAUGCCCUGGCGUCCCUGGCUGAAGGUCGACUCUAUCUAGCCCAGAACAAUAAGGUGCUGCGGAUGCUCGAAGGAAGGCUGAAGGAGGAAGACAAGGAUGUCAUCACUCGUGAGAAUGUCCUUGGGGCCUUGCAGAAGUUCAGUCUCAGGCGCCCACUGCAGACGGCAAUGAUUCGAGAUGGCCUCAUCUUCUGGCUGAUCGACCUUCUGAAGGACCCUGACUGCCUGUCUGACUACACACUGGAGUACUCUGUGGCUUUGCUCAUGAACCUCUGCCUCCGCAGUGCAGGAAAGAACAUGUGUGCUAAAGUGGCAGGGCUUGUGCUGAAAGUCCUUUCAGAUCUCCUUGGCCAUGAAAACCAUGAGAUACAACCAUAUGUGAAUGGAGCCCUGUACAGCAUCCUUUCCAUCCCAUCCAUUCGUGAAGAGGCCAGAGCUAUGGGAAUGGAGGAUAUCCUGCGAUGCUUCAUCAAAGAAGGCAGCGCCGAGAUGACCCGCCAGAUCGAGUUCAUCAUCAAGCAGCUGAACUCCGAAGACUUACUGGAUGGUGUUCUUGAAUCCGAUGAUGAUGAAGAUGAAGACGAUGAAGAGGACCACGACAUCAUGGAAGCCGACCUGGACAAGGAUGAGCUGAUCCAGCCCCAGCUUGGAGAACUCUCAGGCGAGAAGCUUCUGACCACAGAGUACUUGGGAAUCAUGACCAACACUGGGAAGGCACGUCGGAAAGGGCCGCCCGGUGUGCAGUGGAGUGGGGAUGAGCCCCUGCGUCGGCCCGUCACCCCUGGUGGCCACAGGACAGGGUGCCCAGUGCUGGGAGACCAUCUCAUUUCUCCCCAGAAUGCCCAACAAGCCAGAAAUAGCUGUCUGCAGACCCUACCAGCCACUCAGCCGGACAUCUGCAAAGGUCGCAAACCUGGUGCUGCUGGGCGUGGCAUAUCCUUUCCAUCAGUUACAGAUCCCAAGCCAAGAGAGUGGUUACCAGCUGGACAUCAAGAAGAGCCUCGCUUGAUUCCCACAGCAGUCCCCAGCUGGCCAAAGGAUGUGAUCCAGGACCCAAGCAGUGGACAUACCAACAGGGAAUUCAAAUCAGCCUCCACCUACAAGCUCUGGGUACCCAGUACUCCAGAGACCAUGGAGUUGAACAUGCUCAAGGCGAAAGCAUUGUCUCUGGCCCCCCUGUUCUCCUCAAGUGGCCCCCAACAGGCCAGCCGCCCGGCUUCCACAGCGUCCUCCACGAGAGGCCUGCACACCUCAGCCAGUCAACUGAUCUCCACCCAGCUGGGCUUUCCUAACAAGAGUACAGAGUGAAGAUGUCAAGCAGCAAAAUGUCGCCAGCUGGGGUACAGCCCAGUCACUGCCCCUCCCUGGGCAGACCCUGCCCUUCUACCAUGAUGGCUAAGCCGUCAUGGCCUCUCCCUAUUCCCUCUGGAAACGGAGAAGCGGAGGUUCAGGUCAGGCUACUCCCUCCCAGGCCCCGAGGUAGUGCCAAGGGGCCAUGGGAAACCUGGCCAGGCGGGAAGCAGUCAGGCCUCUCUGACCCUGCCCUGUCUCCAGACUGCACAGGGUUGGGGAGCGUCAGUUGAGAUAAUCACAAUAAUAACACCCGUAGCUGAUGGCUGGCCACGCCCCACAUCCAGUGGCAUCGAAUAGCCAGGCCUGGUGUACAAUUCCCUGAGUGGUAGAUUCCAUAUGUCCUGUAGACUCAGCAAACAGUGAGCUCUUGCCAGAGGCACACUGAGCAAACGGAGCAGGCACCGCUUCCUGUGAGGAUAGACCAGGGCAGGAGGGAAAGUUCUCAUUAUUCUGUUUGCACAAGGGCAGAUUGAAAGAAGGGAUUGUGUGGGAUAGAGGGGCUCUGUGUCGGGACCCUUGGCUCUGGCUCCUCUCCUCAGGCAGCCAGUCCCACAGGAAGUGAAGAUGGCUUCCUCCCCACGCUGUCACCAUCACGUGUCUGAGGACCCAUCGGCUUCUGGUUCUCUACCAGCCAGCAGCUGCAGGCGCUGGGUAUGAAGGGACACUUGUCUCCAACGUCCUGGGUGGCAGAGGAUCCCAGGAAUGCCGUCCCUUCAGGCUGCCCAGGAGCAAGACUGUGAGAGCUCCACUACCCAGGCAUCAUUUCCUCAGACUGAGCUGUGAGAAGAGGUUGGGAGAGGUCUUGACUGCCUUUCUGGUGAUAGGAAGCUCCCUGGCCACCCUUUGCACCCACAAGAGAAAAGGGGGUAGCCUUUGACCCUUGUGGCCACAGAGAAUGGCAAAUUCUGCAUUCAGCUUCCCUGGCCAUCAUAGAAGCUAAGCUAGACAUGAAGCCACCCGUCAAGCCAGUGCCAUCCACAUUGAGAAGGAUAUGCCAGAGGAGUCUUUUCCCAGAUGCUUGGCCAGGGGGGCUGGUGAAAGGUGACCCCUCACUUCUCACGAGAACCAACCACAAGCCAAUAAGGAGGGUGGGGAGCCUCAUUCGGUUACCAACCUAUGGGUCAUGACCUCUUCAGAGAGGGCUCAAAUGACCCUUUCACAGGGGUGGAAUAUGAAACACCCUGCAUAUCAGAUACUUGCAAUACAACCCCUAACAAUUCAGUUAUGAAGUAGCAAUGAAAAGAAUUUUAUGGUUGGAGGUCACCACAAUAUGAGGAACUGCAUUAAAGGGUCUCAGGAUUAGGUAGGUUGAGAACGGCUGCUCUAGACUCUGCCGAAAGAAACACUGUUGCAGGUGACGGGACAAAGGGGACAGAGGAAGAUGUGGACACACUGCUCAUGUACAAAGUUCUAAAAACAAUAAUUUAAAAAUAAGAAUAUCCUAUGGGCCCAGCUCAUGAGGCAGCGCUCUCGCCAGCAUGCGCAAAGCCCUUGGUUCCAUCAUUAGUAUCACAGAAACCAUAUAUGCUCACACUCCUCUGUCCGUCAGCACUCAGGAAGGGGAGGCAUGGGGAUGAGAAGUUCAAGGUCAUCCUGUGCUACAUACUGAGUUUGAAGCCAGCCUGGGCUGCAGGAGACCUGGUUUUUCUGUUUGUUUGUUUGUUUGUUUGU